AUGAAUAGAAAUUAUAUCAAGAUUUUCACAUCGAGCAACUUUGGUGUGAUUAGAGGUAUCGGUUCAACAACAGGUAGAACUUCAUUGUUUGGAAAUUCAGGUUAUCAAAACAAUGUACUCUCAUUGAGUGGAAACACUUAUCAAUUGGCAAACUAUGCAAUCAAGCAAGCAGUUGGUAGACGUAUCAAACCAAACAUAUUCGUUCAAUCACCGGGACAGGUCUUUGAAAAUGCAAUGCCAUCACCGAUUGUAUCGACUUUGUUGUCACCAAGCUUGUGGUUCGAUCAAGCGAAAUACUAUUACAAGACAUUCGGUUCAUACUCAAUGAUCAAGAGUAAACUAAAGAAGUUGACCGAUGAGAAAUUCACUGUCAAACAAUUUUUAGAAGAAUCAAAAGAGAAAUAUACAAAACUUAAUCAAACAAUGUUAAGUGGAAAUAUUGAUAAAGAUAUUACAACUAUUUACUUUCACUCUGUAUUAUCGACUCAAUUUAAAUCACAACCAAAAUAUAUAAAAUCAUCGUGGUCAGCAGAACUAAACAAACCAAAGGCCAUCUGGUCAAGGUCAGGUCAAAUCAAAACAUCGUUGAGCGGAGAUACCGAAUUUUUUGCACAGAUCUGUGUGGAGUUUAGCGGUACACAAUCAAUGUCGUUGGUAGACACCAGAAAUGGAACCACCCUUUCUGAGGCAGUCAAUGUGCCAUUCAAAGAUAUUUAUGUAUUCGAAAGAUGUCUAAGUUCACUACCAUCCGAAUGGAAGAUUUGCGCUCAAGUUACACCAACUACCGCCAACAACACAACAAAUUAA